AUGGCAUUCGCUGGAAAAGAUCCACUAAGAGCUCCAAUAUCUCUUGCUCUAGACAAUAGAGUAACGCCUCGCGGCCGCGCAACUCGUCUCGCGUACCACGCACGAACGCGCCGUCCGAGCCGGGAAACUACGUCCCGCGUCCGACCGAGAUUUCAUCGGCCAAUCUUCAUCCGUCCGACCACAGCGGCCGACCACGAAUCCGUCCGGCCACGACCGUUCCGACUCGGCCACGACCCGAUCAUCCGGCCGAUCGUCCCGACCGACCGUCCCAACGCCGCGGUCGACCCGAAGCCCGUUUUGAAGCCCGAUUUCAUAUUUUCAAGCCCGGCUUAA